AUGUGGGCCAUCGGCGUGAUCCUGUACGAGCUCAUGGCCCUUCGCCUGCCGUUCAGGGCCGAGUCGCUGUUGGCGGUCGUGUACCAGAUCGCCUUCACCAGUCACGACGAGGCGCCGCUGAGGGACUCGGGGCGUCCAGACCCGCUCGUGGCGCUGGUGGCACUGUUGCUUUCCAAAGAACCGUCCGCGCGGCCCGGCGCCGGGGACCUGCUGGCAGACUCGCGGCUGUGGACAGCGCUGUCCGAAGAGGCCGCGCACCAGGCCGCCACCGAGGCGUGCGUGCGCGCGCAGGCCAGCAGCCCUGCGCGGGGUGGCCCAGACGUCUCUGGCCUCGCUGCCCGAGCCGGCCGGCCGCGGCUCUGCGUCCGGGGCCGCCCUGGCGGCGGCGAGGUCGCUGCGGCAGGCCGACGGCGCGGGCCCGGGCUGGCAGGCGGCGGCCGCGCCGGCGGCAGGCGCGCCAGCGGCGGGUCCCGCCCUCGUGCACGGCACGACAGCGGGCCGCGCCCGCUGUCGGAGCGGGAGCUGUGGGACGAGCUCCGCAGGACGCGGCACGACAGCGACACGGUGCCGCUGGGCCGCUACGACGCGCUGCUGGAGCGGCUCCGGUCCGCUGGCCUGGCCGUGGACGGCCCCGCGGGCCGCCACACCGUGGGGUGCCUGGCGCCGGCGGGGGCGGCGAGGGGAGGCCCCCAGGGCCUGGGCCCUGGACGCGCCGCGACGGUGGGGCAGUGA